AUGCAAACAGAGGAGGAAGAAAUUAAUCAAAGUGAUGAUACAGAAGAGAAUGUGGAACCAUUCUUCGAUUUGGAUAAACAUAUGAAUAACGAUCAAGAAGUAGAUCAGAAUGAGGCCGAAGUCAUGUGCCCAUUGGAAUGCUCAUUCCAUGAGGUUAAAGAAAGUAAUAGAGAUAAUGAAUGUAUGAUAUGUGGAAAAAUGUAUAAAUCGAAAGCGUCACUUAAAAGACACGUAAGAACAAUCCAUUAUGAAGAUGUUAUACGAUGCAGGUUCUGCCAUAGGUUGUUCGAUACUGAAGUUGCUAUGCGAGCUCACAUUGAAGAAACGCACUCAAUGAAGUAUAUCUGUUCCGAGUGUGGAAACGGGUUUGUUCAGAAAUGUCAUCUUAAUGAACAUUCAAAAUAUAAGCAUUCCAGUCAGAUGGAAUCUCUUCUCAACUGUCCUUUUGAAAAUUGUGGUCGGACAUUUACAAGGAAACAAAUAUAUCAGGAUCAUCUGAACCAACAUACACAGACGAAACCAUACUCAUGUGUUAAAUGUAGUGUUUGCUUCAGUAGUAGAUAUAUCAUGAAGAGAAGACACGAAAAAGUUUGUGUAGAAGGUAAAACAUUUAAGUGCGAGCAAUGCGAGAAAAGUUUUACUGAAAGAAGAAGUCUGACAUAUCAUAUCGAAGGAGCUCACAGACCAGAACGUUUUGUUUGUGUCUGCGGUGCAAGUUACCGGUAUAAACUAAGUCUUUAUAGACACCAAAAAAGACUUAACCAUUGA